UGCCCCCUCUUUCUUGGCAUUUGUGUCUGUGUUUUUGUGUGUGUUUCAGCCAUACUCACAGCUCACAGGGAAGGUGAAUGGAUUUCCCAGCUUGGGGCAGAGUUCUGUGUGUGUUUGACAGGGGGCAUCUGCUGCGGGGUUCCGGACACUGAGUCCCCUUUGUUCCUCCCACGGACAGCGAUAUUCUGGACACCCUGGCAUUCAUUUAUGAGGAGGAGGAGGAGGAGGAGAGGAAACGCAGUUGGUUUGGGGAGGAAGGGGCAGUGACUAACCCUGUCCCUGUGACUCUUUGAGUGGAGAGGCCGUGUCACGAGCAGAGACCAGAGAGAGACUGUAUAAGAGCUCAACCCGGCUAGCAGAGUACUCUCUCUGAGUGUCUGUAUGAACGCUGUGUAGUGGUGUCUGGAAUACAGUAACAGACAGUAUGUUGAUCUGACGAUUGUUGAAUUGUCCGCCUCCCUGAUGUGGACAGGUGAAAGCAACAUCCUGGUAACUUACAUGCUGAGCUCCUCCUCUUCCUGUAGAGCAUAAGGCCGCAGAAAGCCUCCGCCAUGCCGGGUGGCCCUCCGCUUGCCCUCUGCUUUCUGAUCAGUGCCAAUGAAGGAGAUGAAGCUACGUUGGGACUCUUGAGUUCUACCCCAUUUAAUGUGCAGCCCACCCUCUCCGGGGUGUCCAGAGAUGUAGAGAGCAGCGUGAGGAGCACAGCCCCAUCUUUCCCAGCAGCACUUUCUCACCAAGAGCUUCCUCACUCUCUCGGGCUGGACUGCAGUGCGUCUGCGUCGGCUCGCCCUCCCCUCCCCCCUCGCCCCCCAGCCAUGGCCUCACGAAUAGGGCUGCGGCUGCAGCUGAUGCGAGACCAGCUGCAGCAGGAGGAGCAGCGGGAGCGGCAACUGCAGCAGAAUGCGGCCCUGCAGUACAUGCAACAGCAGCGUAUGUCUGCCCCUGCACCCAGCCCUGCCAUCAACGCUCCACAACACUGCCAGAGCAUGCAGGUGCCUGUGGAGGUCCUCAAGGUGCAGACUCACUUGGAGAACCCUACAGACUACCACAUCCGCCAGUCCCAGAGACAACAGGUGAAAGAGUACCUCUCCACCACCUACGCCACCAAGCAGACGGUGCAUGCAGUAACAGGGGUGGUCCAGCCAUCCCCUCCCCCCACUCUGGCUCCCCCGGGGGCCUCUUCCUCGGCCCCCCCUCCUCUCCACUCCCCCCGGCUCCGUACGGAGCAGCUCAUCACAGGAAACAGCGCACCCAACAGCCCUAUGGCCAUGCUCAACAUCGGCUCCAGCCACGAGAACGAGAUGGAUGAGGUCAUCGAUGACAUCAUCAGCAUGCAGUCGAGCUAUGAUGACAUCCAGCAGUACAUUGACCCUGUUCAGAUGUCCAACACACUCCCUCUGUCCAGCAGUCACCUGGACGUGUACACGGGCCCUGGGAUGACCGGUCAAUCCAUCGCCAUGACCAGCAACUCCUGCCCUGCCAACCUGGCCAUCAAACGAGAGCUGACGGAUGCAGAAGCCCGUGCGAUGGCCAAGGAGAGACAGAAGAAAGACAACCACAACCUGAUUGAGAGAAGGAGGAGGUUCAACAUCAACGACCGGAUUAAAGAGCUGGGCGGUAUGAUCCCCAAAACCAAUGACCUGGACGUGCGCUGGAAUAAGGGCACUAUUCUGAGGGCCUCAGUAGAGUACAUCAAGCGGAUGCAGAAGGACAUGCAGAGGACCAGAGAGGUAGAGAACAACUUCAAGAGGAUGGAGAUGGCCAACAAACAGCUGUGGCUGCGCAUCCAGGAGUUGGAGAUGCAGGCUCGUCUGCACGGCCUCCCCAGCUCCUCUCCCUCUGGGAUGGGUUCUGGUGACCUGAUGGGUUCCUACGUCAAACAGGAGACCAGCCCUGAGGAGAAGCUCCACCAGCAGCAGGCUCAGGCCCAGGGCCAGCAACACCUCCACCACCCCCAGUCCCACCACCUCCAGCCUCAGCAGGGACAGCUCGGGCAGCUGCCCCCUUUGCCCCCUCACCUCCAGCCCCAGCUUCCCCUCCAGUACUCAGCCGUGGGCAGCUCCCAGCCCUUUGACUUUGCCCAGUCGCUGGACUUGUGUGACGGGGUGCCUGGCUUCCCAGAGGGCCUGUCGGGGCUUGGGGAGCUGGGCGGCCUUGGUACCCAGGGAAGGAGAGGCGAGCUGGGCUUCCUGAUGAUGGACGAGCCCCUGUCUCCUCUGGGUGGAGACCCCCUGCUCUCUGCCAUGUCCCCUGAGGCCUCGGUCGACUCCAGCCGCAGAUCCAGCUUCAGCAUAGAGGAUGCAGAUAUACUGUAGAUGGAUUAUACAUACACACACUGUAGAACCACACACAUAGUGUGUACACACACACACAUAUGGUACGUAAUGUACACAGUAGAAAUAGACCCAGAGCACUGAUAUACUGUGACAUGUGUAUGCUCUGUUCAACAACCCUGCCAGCAUACAUUUGCACUCUAAACUCCCUCACACACACUCCAAGCACGCUGUACAAACACUGAUACACACUUACACACACAAACUUGACAUUCUCAUAGAUGCACACCCUUUCUUAGCACUCGUAUAGAUACACAUUCAACAGCAAUAUGAGAAAUGAAACAAUGUUUCAGAUUGAAAUAAUUGUGUCCUACCACUGUAAAUAUCAGAGCACCUCUGAAUGAUAAACAAUCUAUUACACACACACACACACACACACACACACACACACACACACACACACACACACACACACACACACACACACACACACACACACACACACACACACACACACACACACACACACACACACACACACACACACACACACAGCAUAGACACAUUCUAGUUCACUCUAACACAGAAGAGCCCCUGUUAUUUGAAGGGAAAUAUGUGAGGCACUGACAAAGGUUUGAGACACACAGACCUCGACCCCUUACUUUGUAAAUCACACUGGCAUGACCUCGAGUCUGCAAGCUACUGCCUUCUCCUGUGUCACCUAUGACCUUUAGCCUUGUGGGUACUGCCAAGUGCACUCCAUGACCUCUGACCCCUGUGUGAACUCUGAAAGUUGAGGAGAGAGGUGUUGUAGCGAUGCAAGGGGUUAUAUAGCUCCACAGGUUUCUAAGUAGUGCCACUGUGUAGCAUCAUAGGGUGCUAUGUAGCGACUCAGGAUCUUCUGUAUCCCUGACCCAAACCUGCCAAUGGGCCUUGUGUUAGCCACCUGAAGCCCCACUCUCUCUGGCUGAGAUGGAGGGUGGGGAGAGGAGAGGGUGGGAGAGGGUUGUCUUUUAGUAAGUUGUACUGUAUAGUUAGGAGAGGAGCAGUCAUAGAGAUUGGCUUAGAUAACCCAGUAAUGUCUUUGUCUCCACUGUAACACACACACACACACACACACACACACACACACACACACACACACACACACACACACACACACACACACACACACACACACACACACACACACACACACACACACACACACACACACACACAGCAGUGUGCCUUGAGGCUGUGUUCAAAUCAAGACUUUGAUCGAGACUUCAGUACCUCACCCAGUCUGUGCUUGUAUAACUGUCAGCUUUGGGUCAACCAGGUUAAACUAGACACUCACCAGGUACUAACCAAACCAACUCUGUAGAAACCAAACUACGGCCGUACAAUACAUAAAUAUACUAACAGGUAAACAAAUGACUUUCAGAUUUGGGUGAGGGACUGAGGGCAACGCUUUGAUUUGAUAUGGCUUAUGAUCAGUACAGAAAAAAGGAUGAAAAAUUAUGAUUUUAAAGGUAUUUGUUUGUAUUCUAUUAUAGUUUGUUGCUGUAUUUGAUUUGAUCUCCCAAUGCACUGGAACCUAUAUUAUUUAAUUGACUUUGUACAUGAAAUAAUUUUCAGUUUUAUGCCACUUAAAAUGUAUUUUAUUUGUAUUUGUGCUUUUUAUUUUAUUUUAUUCCUAAAGUACCUUUUUCUCUAAUAGCCAUUUAAAAGUGAAAGUAUUUAAGCCACUUGCGUGACAGUGUACGACCAGUGGGGAGCCAUAUUCUAUACUUGUCUUUGUGUAAGAGUUAUUCACAUUUCACCAGGCUUUGAAGAGUUUAGAAGAUUGUGUUCCUUUACAGAAUGAUGUCAUUUUUAUAUUGAUUGGGAUUUUCUCUCUUUUUUAACCUAUAGAAAUUGGAGCCAGAGACUAAGUUGAGAUGUGAUUUUAUUUUAUUUUAUUAAGUUUUAAUUGUGAUUUUUGUGAAUGUGAAGAUGGCCUGUACUGGUACCAAGCCAAACCCAAGCAACACAAGAACAGGGUAUUUUCCUUCAUGGUGCCACUUUUGACCCGACUUUGGUUUCCAUUUAGACUACUUCCUUCUGAUGGAACUCAGAACUACCAUCGAGGAGUUCUGUUGCCAUAGCGUUGGCAUAGCCUUGAACAAACCUGACCUUCUCUCUGUCUGCCAGAGUUCGCCUUUACCCUGCUCCAAUGUUUGUAAUCAAUUGUUUUACUUCUGUGUAUAUUGUCCAGCCAACAUUUUAAAGAGCUUGUCUGCAGAUAAUGUGGCGUGUUGUCCUCUCUGUGACUGUCCCCCUCCCCAUGUCACUGUAUUUGACUGACUCUGGCCGACUGGUCAGGGGAAACUGGCAUUCUGGUUUUGCUUUGGAUAUAAAAUGUUUUACCAAAAUCCA